UAUAAAACCUACUCCUCUGUCUUUCUCUUUCAACACUUCCAUACAGCUUUCUUUAUCCCACUAGAUCUGAAAAGACCUGGAACCCCCACUUCUUCUGUAUCAUCUUCCAUCGUUCUCAAUCACCCUCCUUGAUGAACCUCACAGGCACUCUUCUUGACUAGACCGUCCCUUCCCUCUUUCAUGCAUGAAAUCAUUCAAUUCAUGAGUAUCUUUGCCUCUGCGAAAGGAAACUGAUAUACCCCAUUAGGCUUCCCUUUCCCUUCUCUCUCUCUCUCUCUCUCUUUCUGUCUAUGAUGUCAAAGGAAGAAAAUAAUCCUCCUUCGAAGCCAGAAGCAGCCAAAGAAGAUGGCAGCCAGAGCUCCGGCGGCAGGAAAAACGCCUCCUCUAGGCCACCAGAACAAGCCCUGAAGUGUCCAAGGUGUGACUCGCCCAACACCAAAUUCUGUUACUACAACAAUUACAGUCUGACGCAGCCAAGGCAUUUCUGCAAGACGUGCCGUAGGUACUGGACGAAGGGUGGAGCCCUGCGCAACGUUCCGAUUGGUGGCGGCUGCAGGAAGAACAAGAAGGUGAAGUCUUCGUCUUCAAGGCUCCCCGGCGACCCCAAGGACGCCGGAUUCCCGGGGGAGCUUGGUGGCUUCAAGUUUUUCCAUGGGCUUUCACCCUCACUGGAUUUUCAUCUUGGAGGAUCCUUAUUACCCUUCCCUAAACUUAACCAUCUUCAUCCUCCAGCCAUAUAUAACCAGGUCUCUUCCUUCGGGGAUGUUCAAGCAGCCACCUUUGAUCCGUCCGGAAGCUCAAAUUCUAUGAUGAAUUUCAAUUACCCAUCUCCAGGAGGAGGAUUCAGCAGCGUAAUUCAGGGUAUGAGCUCUAUGAACGUUAACAGCAGCCUUGCUUCUUCAAUUGAAUCAUUGAGUUCGGUUAAUCAAGACUUGCACUGGAAGCUACAGCAGCAGAGGUUGGCGGUGCUGUUUGGCGGUGAUGAUAAUGGCCAGAAAGACGAUGGUGUUUCGGCGGUUACUCUUGAGAACCAAAUCCAGAGACCACAACCAAUUUUGUUUCAGAAUCUUGAGAUUUCAAAGCCGGAGAUCAAUUGCGUUGCUGCUGGUAAUUCCAGAAAAGAAGGCCCAGCUUCUGGUGAUCCGCCUACAGAGUGGUUCUUUGGGAAUUCUUUUGCUUCUGUGACUCCAACGCCUGCAAGUACCAGUAGUGGUGGGAAUAAUGGCCAUGAUAAUGCAACCAAUAACUGGGGUUCCGUUCAUGCUUGGGGUGACGUGCAGCAGCAAUAUAAUGCUUUGCCCUAGCUAGCUAGAGGAGGUAGGAAGAAAUAGCCAAAAUUAUUUCUCUUAUAAUUAUCAAAAAAAAGUAGUCCUUUCAGUUUGAGGAAUAUGCUAGUAUAUUUAGUCUUCGCUCUUUCAUGUUGGUUCAAGUGAACAUAUAUAUGUAGCAGGUGGUUUUCUCAUGAACUUCAGCUAGCUAGAUGUUAAUCGAUUGCGUAAAUUCUCAAUGUUGAACAUGGCUCCUUCAAAUCAAUGAAUGUAUGCGACGAGGUAACUGUAGAAAAUGGGUUGACUUCAAAUUGUUUAUAAAUGUUCAUGAGUCAGGAUCUGAUCAUCACUGGGGCAAUUUUAUUUUGUCUGUAUUCUCGACUGCAAUCAAUCUCAGGCUCCAUUACUGGUAGUAAGUCGUAAGUUGAAAGGGAUUGGUGGAAAUCUUGGCCAUCUCUUUCAUUGUAUCAUCGGGAUCUGCGAGGG